AUGCCUCCGAUGCGUUACCUCUUUAUAGUUUCUGUUUCUUGCGUGAUCAUUUUUAUUGUGUUCUACGUGUUCAGUUUUGGGGGAGAGCAAAGCUUCCAGAGGCCAAAUAAUUCAGAUGCUUUGAUCCUGACUCAGGUUUGCACAUCCUUCAUCAAAGGCAAAACGCCCUUCCUGUGGAGAAACAAACUGAUAAUGUACGAGAUGUCUUCUUGCAAGGACUACCUGAUCCAAAGCCACUAUAUCACGGCCCCUUUAUCCAAGGAAGAAGCUGAAUUUCCUUUGGCAUAUAUGAUGGUCAUCCAUCACCAUUUCAAUACCUUUGCAAGGCUCUUCAGAGCUAUUUACAUGCCCCAAAAUGUCUACUGCGUUCACGUGGAUGAAAAGGCGACCAUUGAAUUCAAAGAGUCAGUAGAGCAAUUACUGAGCUGCUUCCCAAAUGCUUUCCUGGCCUCCAAGAUGGAGCCGGUUGUCUAUGGGGGGAUCUCCAGGCUCCAGGCUGACCUGAACUGCCUCAAAGACCUCGCGGAGUCCAAGGUGCCCUGGAAGUACGCCAUCAACACGUGUGGGCAAGACUUCCCCCUGAAGACCAACAAGGAGAUCGUUCGGUAUCUGAAAGACUUUAAAGGGAAAAACAUCACCCCGGGGGUGCUGCCCCCAGCUCACGCCAUUGGACGGACGAAGUUCGUCCACCGGGAGCACCUGGGCAAAGAACUUUCCUAUGUGAUCAGAACCACAGCGCUCAAGCCCCCUCCUCCCCAUAACCUCACCAUUUACUUUGGCUCUGCCUAUGUCGCUCUGUCAAGAGAGUUCACCAACUUUGUCCUCCGUGACCCGCGGGCUCUUGACUUGCUCCACUGGUCCAAAGACACUUUCAGCCCCGAUGAGCAUUUCUGGGUGACGCUGAAUCGGAUCCCAGUAAACCUUUACCGCGAUAGGCAUUCCUGUUCUCAGUCCGCCGUGGUGUUCUUGCUUUCCUCCAGAUUUGUCAGACUCAUUCUUAACCUGGGGUCUUUGCCUCAGCCAUUCUCCUUCCUACUCCCAGACCUGCACAGGCUCCUGCCUACACACACGUAUAUGCUACGUAACACGAUCAGACUGUCUGAUUUAACCCAGGAACACCCACCUGGCCACAGACUCUUGUCGCCGUUGACAGUUUUCCGCUUACGCCUAGUACAAGUGCAUUUUUUCUUACCUGUGUCUGUGUGCCCAGAGGUAGAAAUAACACUGAAAUGCAAAAGAGGGAAGACGAAUAAAGCCGAGGGGGCAGAAGUCCUAAAUGUUAUGCUUUUGCAAGGGCUGCUAGCAGGUUGCCGGGGCGAAGCAGAAAAAGUAGAAGCUCUUCACUCGAAAAGGCGAAGAGAGAGCCGAAAAGGCGAGGAGAGAGCCGGCGAAGAGCAGGGAGGUCGGAGCGGAGCACAGGGUUUGGAAGGUGGGCGGGGCGAAGCGAGGGAAAAUCAGCCGCCGUGGAAAGUCCAUUCCGGAACGCAAUUUGCUAUAUCCGCCACUUGCAUUUCGCAUGCAAAUGAGGAGGGUUUCCCAGAGGCGGGGCUGGGCGGCGAGCGCCGGGCCGAGCUGAGCGCGGCGCUGAGAGCGGCUGGGGAUUCAGCACCUCCGGGUCGGAAGAGCCGAGCGCACUCCGGCAGCAUCUCCUCCCGCCGGCGCUGCCGCCGGAGGAUGGACGCCGCGCUGGGGCAGACAGUGCAUCAGGACUGA